GCGCCCGUUUCCCAGUCUCCUCCUCUUUUUAUUUUUUUAUUUUUCUGGGGGAUUUUGGGACUGGUAGUCCCGGCGACAAGACGAAGAGAUGCCCAAGGGAUUAACUAGCUGAGUCCUUUCCUUUUGGAGAGGCUUUUUUUUUAAACCCUCCCCAAACUCUUUCUUUCCUUUUGCGCCUUUGCGUCCAAGCCUUGCCGUCCCUCGCGUUUCCCCCUUUUUUCCCCCCCCUCCCUCCUUCCUACCCACUUUCUUCUCGGAGACACGCAAGCCACGCGCUCGUGCCCGCGCCCACCCACGAGUGCGCGAGCCCAAGUACUUUUUUUCCCCCCCCUGGUUCUUUUUUUUCUUCUUCUUCCCUUUUCCUUUGAGUUCUCCAAGGCGAGUUUUUGGAGAGGCGCUUUUUUUUUUUUUUGCGUCUUUUUACGCACGGCUUUGGUCGCCUUCCUUUUCCUCCUUUUUUCCCCCCCUUUCCUAGGACUUUUUUUUUUUUAAAAAAAAUAUUACUCUUAUAUUUUGGAGAAGCUCGGACCGAGAGGAGAACUAAGAGGGGCGGGGAAGGGGGGGGGGGAGAGAGAGAGAGAGAGAAAAAUUGGCGAGACCCUCCCCCUUUCCAAAGAAAACCAAACGCUUUGAUUUAUUUUUUUCUCCAAUCCUUUUGAUUCCAAACCCACUUUUAUUUUAUUUUCAUUUUUUCUUUCUUUUUUCUUUUCUUCACCCCUUCCUGCUUCAUUUCGUCGGAUCUUCAAGCUCUCCACAGCCCGAAAGACAUACAACAACCCUCUCCAAAAAUAAAAUAAAAUCCUUCGGGCCAUGAGUUAAAGAAAAGCAAAGCGGCGCAAAACAGAAAAGAAGAAGAAGAAGAAAAAGGAGAUGGACACCAAACAUUUCCUCCCUUUGGAUUUCUCCACCCAGGUCAAUUCCACCUCCUUGAGUUCUCCGACGAGCCGGGGUCCUAUGGGUGCCCCUUCCCUGCACCCGCCGAUGGGCCCCCUGGGGUCUCACGCCCAGCUCCACUCGCCCAUCAGCACCCUGAAUUCGCCCAUCAACGGCAUGGGGCCUCCGUUCUCCGUCAUCAGCUCUGCCAUGGGGACGCACUCGAUAUCCGGACCGUCCCCUGGCCUUGGGUUCGGAACGAAUAGCCCGCAGCUCAACUCUCCCAUGAAUCCGGUGAGCAGCACGGAAGACAUCAAGCCUCCCUUGGGCAUCAAUGGCGUCCUUAAAGUGCCAGUUCAUCCUUCAUCGGCCAUGGCCUCCUUCACCAAGCACAUAUGUGCCAUCUGUGGCGACCGAUCUUCAGGUAAACAUUACGGCGUCUACAGCUGUGAGGGCUGCAAGGGCUUCUUCAAGAGGACGGUGCGGAAGGACUUGACCUACACCUGCCGCGACAAUAAGGACUGCUUGAUUGACAAGCGCCAGCGGAACCGAUGCCAAUAUUGCCGGUACCAGAAGUGUCUUGCGAUGGGCAUGAAAAGGGAAGGGAUGGAGCACCAUCCAUCCCGGCCCACAAGACUCCCUGGAAGGCAGGAAGAACAAGCUGUCCAAGAAGAGAGGCAGCGGGGCAAGGACCGCAACGAGAAUGAGGUCGAGUCGACGAGCAACGCAAACGAGGACAUGCCCGUGGAGAAGAUUCUGGAAGCGGAGCUUGCUGUAGAGCCAAAGACGGAGACGUAUAUUGAAGCAAACAUGGGCCUGACUCCAAACUCACCCAAUGAUCCGGUCACCAACAUCUGCCAAGCGGCAGACAAGCAGCUCUUCACGCUGGUGGAAUGGGCCAAAAGGAUCCCCCAUUUCUCCGAACUGCCCCUGGAUGACCAGGUCAUCUUGCUCAGAGCCGGUUGGAACGAAUUGCUCAUUGCGUCCUUCUCUCAUCGAUCCAUAGCCGUGAAAGAUGGGAUCUUGCUCGCCACGGGUCUACACGUCCACCGGAAUAGUGCUCACAGUGCGGGGGUCGGCGCUAUCUUUGACAGAGUAUUGACAGAGCUGGUGUCGAAAAUGCGAGACAUGCAGAUGGACAAGACAGAGCUGGGCUGCCUCCGAGCCAUUGUCCUCUUCAACCCCGACUCCAAGGGUCUAUCGAAUCCCGCCGAAGUUGAGGCUUUGCGUGAAAAGGUGUACGCGUCGCUCGAAGCUUACUGCAAACACAAAUACCCCGACCAGCCCGGAAGGUUCGCCAAGCUCUUGCUUCGCCUCCCUGCCCUCCGGUCCAUUGGCCUGAAAUGCUUGGAGCACCUCUUCUUCUUCAAGCUAAUAGGGGACACGCCGAUCGACACGUUCUUAAUGGAGAUGCUGGAAGCGCCGCAUCAAAUGACUUAAGAGGCGAGAAACAGUCCCUUCCUUCUUUUCCCAGCCGACGUCCUGCCACCACCGUGACGCCACCCAUCCGGCCGACAUCACUUCCUCCUCCCGGUACAAGAGACAUCGCCCGCUCGCCUCUGCCUGGCCACACGGUUGACUCAGUCCUUUGGCCGCUUUCACGCCAAUCUCUGUGCAUCUGAGGAUCGGCUUUCGCAAUCCCUUUCGAGGCAGACUGGUCUCGAAGUGCGCAGAGGCCGCACCCGCUUCUUUCCCGCGUUGUGUGCCCGGCACUUCUUUCCUAAGCACAGGUGGAUUCUGCAAUUGGGGCCCCACUCAUCUCUCUCCUUGUUGUGGCUUUGGGUGUCCCCAGGCACAUGCACACACACACACACACAAAUACACAUACACUGUGUUAUCUGGGGUCUAUGGGGGGUGACUUUAAUUUGCUUGUGGACUUGAACGGAUCGUCGUUUUCCCCGUCAAAACAAACAAGAAAACACCCACUCAGAUAUUUGAAUCUAACUUGGAAUUGAGUUUGACGCUUAGGAGCCAUCUUUUAUUUAAGAGCAAGAGAUUAUGUAACAGGAUGUAAUCCCAUACAGAUAAUGAUUCUCUUUUUGUCUGAAAUCUUGUUUUUCCAAUCUAGAGUCUGCUUUUAGGAUGUGAUGCUCGCGGUCUCCAGGCCCUUGCUUUUGCUCACUCAGCAUUACAGUAGAGUCUCACUUAUCCAACAUAAACGGGCCGGCAGAACGUUGGAUGAGCGAAUAUGUUGGAUAAUAAGAAGAGAUUAAGGAGAAGCCCAUUAAACACCAAAUUAGGUUAUGAUUUUACAAAUUAAGCACCAAAAACAUCAUGUUAUACAACAAAUUUGACAGAAAAAGUAGUUCAAUAUGCAGUAAUAUUAUGUAGUAAUUACUGUAUUUACGAAUUUAGCACCAAAAUAUCACGAUGUAUUGAAAACAUGGACUACAAACAUGCGUUGGAUAAUCCAGAACGUUGGAUAAGCGAAUGUUGGAUAAGUGAGACUCUACUGUAUAUUAUUUGGAUACUGCUAUACUGGAUUUGAAUUGUUCUGCCAUGGUGGGGCUGAAAGUAUGACUCUUGUCUCCCACGUUUACAAUCGAAAAUUGUGAUCAGGCAGCAAGGAAUUGCUAUAAUGUUGAGAAUGGGUUUGCUCUAUGGAGUGCCAUGAGCAUCCGUUUCCAGUAAGUCUGAAAGUUCAGUGUGAGUCCCAAAGGCCUGUGGACUUUGCGACUCUGACAACUUCUACCUUCAAGUCUGCUUCGUUCUCUCUAGUUUGUAUUUCAUGUCCUCCACUUUGCUUCUCCUUUCGUUUUGUUGAACUUCCAUCCGGUCCUGGUGCUUUUCCCAUCUUAAUAUUCCAUCCGGUCCUGGUGUUUUUCCCAUCUUCAGAUUCCAUCCGGUCCUGUUGCUUUUUCUAUCUUCAAAUUCCAUCCAGUUCUGGUGUGUUUCCCUUCUUCAAAUUCCAUCCAGUCCUGUUGCUUUUCCCCUCUUCAAAUUCCAUCUGGUCCUGUUGCUUUUCCCAUCUUCAAAUUCCAUCCGGUCCUGUUGUUUUUCCUAUCUUCAGUUUCCAUCUGAUCCUGUUGCUUUUCCCAUCUUCAAAUUCCAUCUGAUCCUGUUGCUUUUCCCAUCUUCAGAUUCCAUCUGAUCCUGUUGCUUUUCCCAUCUUCAAAUUCCUUCUGGUCCUGUUGCUUUUCCCAUCUUCAAAUUCCAUCCGGUCCUGUUGCUUUUCCCAUCUUCAAAUUCCAUCCGGUCCUGUUGCUUUUCCUAUCCUCAAUUUCCAUCUGAUCCUGUGGCUUUUCCUAUUUUCAAAUUCCAUCCGGUCCUGUUGUUUUUCCCAUCUUCAAAUUCCAUCCGGUCCUGGUGCGUUUCCCAUCUUCAAAUUCCAUCCGGUCCAGGUCCUUCUCCCAUCUUAAUAUUCCAUCCGGUCCUUGUGCAUUUCCCAUCCUAAACUACGGGCAUGUGUUCAGCUUCACUUUCUUGCCUCCUUUUUUUUUUUUUUUUGCCAACCUUGAGUCUCUUGGAUGAAAGGUGUUACCAAGAGGGCAAAAAUAAUUCACGAGGAAGAACCCAGAAGGAUCGCCACAGUUUCUUUUUGCCUGGAUGCUAUUGGGAAAGGCGUGAUUUAGCCACUUUUCUUCUUCUCUAAUUGAGUUGAAGAUGAACUACUUUUGCCUUUGAGAUCCAUUUGCAGUGAUGCGAGUAAGCUUGUGGGAAAAGUGGGAAGGAGAGGGAGAAACCAGGACAUUGGAAAGAGAACUGGAAAAAUGGCAAGUCAGGACAAUUGGAAUGGAUGCACUUAUUCGGAGAGGUAACUCGUGGAGGUCUAAGAGGAAACCUUGCACGAGGAAAGAGAAAAUGAUGGAUUAUAGAGCCAUACACACACACAAAUACACACACAUAUAUAUAUGAUCACAACCCAUUUGACUCCUGGCCAAUGAAAUCCAAAGAUGCUGCAUUUUCUUGAACGACUAUCCCGGUGGGCCACGUCUCCUAAUGUGACCACAUGAUGCAUUUUUAAGUUGAUACAUAUGUGUGUGUAUACAUGUAUGUAGCCUAGAUAUAUUCACUGUAUAAAUAUCCUCGUUCACAUAUACAUAUAUUAUUCCCACGUUAGUGCUACCUUUUGUGUUCUCGGAUCAUUUCUUUUUUUUAUUCUUGUUUUAUUUUCUCUCCCCAUUUUUUUUCAUUUGCUUUAUGAAAGCAAGGAUUUCUUUUCCCGUCGGGACGGCCCUGUCCAUCUCCCUUUUUCCUGACCCCGAAACUGGAUCUUUUGUCACCCGAGAAGCGGGAUAUGUUGCAUCUAUUUUAAGAUGCCUUUCUUUUUUUUUUUAAUGGGGAGGGAGGGCGAAAAAAAACCACCGGUGGAUCGAACAAUAGCUUUAGUGAUGCCCAAUGCUUUCCCUAUGGAGUGCAUAGCUGAAAAAAAAAUUAAGAAGAGAAGAAUAAGAAGGUAUGCAAACUAAAGCGUGGAGAACAUUAAAUAUCUAUUUUUGUACAAAUGUAAUUUUAUCCCUUGCAUAUUCUUAGGAAAAAUGGAUUUUUUUGGAGGGGGUUGCUUUUUCUGCAUUUAUAGAAUUUGUUCAAAAUCUCUUCAUCAAUACGCUUGGCUAUGAACACCUCUAUGUCGGCCACAGGCAGACCUCGACAUUGUGUGGAGAUGUCGGGAAAUCGUCCAGAAAUCGUAUUCUUUCGAAUGAGUGGAUUUUUUAAUUCUCACCCCCAGCUUCUUUUGGAUACACAAAAAGUAAACGCCUUUUCUUGCGUCCCCUCCAAAUAUUCCCCCUUCAUCCCAUCGCAUUCCCUUGCCGGUCUACUCUACUGUGAAAUCACUACCGUAUAUUAUUGUUCACUUAAAAAAAAAAGUUGGAAAAAAAAAUAAAGUAAAUACAAAAAAAAAAUCUGCUGGAAAUGCCAGUAUUUUGAAGAAAUGUAUUAGAAUUGUUUUGAAAAAAAGUAAAAGAAAAAUAUAUGAGCAUUUUAAAAUAUA